AUGCGCUCUUCGGUGAGCUACAUCCUGUCACACGCACCUGGGGAGUCGGUGAUGUCGCACCCUGAUUAUUCCCAACAUGCCCAGCACCAUGCCUGCCUGCUGGUGCUCGUUAAGGGCAUCGGUGGCAUGCUUAAAAACUUUAACAAGCUUUACGAACGCAUACAGAGAGUCAACAAUAUCAAAGUUAAAGAUCCGUCUGGCCAAGUGAGAGAUAUAUGGGUUAGAUAUGUCAGAGACUAUCCUGUUGAGAACAAUGACUGGGGUGACUUUCAAACUCACCGGCGAUUACUAGGGCUUAUAACAUUGAGUAAAUUUAUGAACCAAGCAGAGUUGAAUGAAGUGUGCCGUGUACAUGAAUCUCUUAAAGUGAAAUACUCAAACACACUGUAUGAUUCUCGUGCGUUCAUGUUUGGACCUAACAGUAAUAUGAAGAAACCAGAACAGGAACCUGAAACUUAUAGCUACUAUGAGGAAGAAAGGCCUUUAAGGGAUAGUUUGAGUGACAGGAUUUCCCUACCAAGUGAACAAGCCGACAGCCUAUCAUCUUCAGAAAGCUAUCCACAGUCUGCUUCAUCCAACUCUUCAUAUCCUGUAGAAGAAAAUUUCAUGACACCUUCCAACUUUAAGACUCAUGCUAUGUUCUAUGGUGAGAACGACCCAGUGCCUGAUUUAGAACAGUGUGUAAGUGACCUUAUCAACUCAUUGUUCUGGGUUGUUGAGUCCAAGAGAUUGGAGAGAUCAAAGGAAAAGUUGGAGAAGGUGUCACUUCUGCUGGCUCCUUUUGAAAAAAAAGAUUUCGUUGGCCUCGACAUGGAGUCCCGUAAUAACAAGAAGCGUUGUAUGGGUCGCGUUACAAAGAACUUAGCAGAUCUGACGUUACAAGCAGGCUUAGUCGCGGACAGUUUGAGCUUGUACAAUUCCUCUACUGAAAUGCUGAAGAGUGACUGGCUUUGGCUCGCUGCAGCUAAAGAAGGACUCUGUACGGCUUCUGCAAUUCUCCUCUAUCCAAACUUACGUAAUCCCACACCACUUCACAGAAACGCCAGCCUUCAAGAAAAUUCUCCAAAUAAAGCCAAACAACUUUCACUUUUCCAACCCGCCAUUGAGCCUCUCAGAAAAUAUAAACUCAAUUCAUCACCUUUAAGAACAUCUAAAACUUCUAGUCCAGUGAAUCCUCCAAGUGAAUUAACCCCCACCUCCUCUGACAGCAUUGAAACAUCGUCUAGACAGUCAGAAACUGAUAACGCUGACUCUGAAUCUCUAGCUUCGUCAAGCGAUAUGGAAUACCAAUCUCACAGAUCGUAUAUAGGACCAGACCUUCCUUCGAUUCCUCGUCAACCACCUUCACAAAUAAAUAAUCAGUACUUACUAAACGGGGAAGACAUCGCAGAAAAAUAUCGUGAAGCUAUUAUGGAUUACAGUAAAUAUAAGAAUGCUGGAGUUAUUGAAACUGAGGCAUGUUUUAAAGCAGCCAGAAUUGCGGUUGAACAGAAUAAUAGUCUUCACGCUUCCAGUUUCCUUCAAAAUGUGAUAUUCAUUAAUCUGACCUUGAGCGAGCAAGAGAAAAUACAGCGGUUCGAGACUCUCGCGGAACUUUAUAAGGAAAUUGGUUUCCAUCGUAAGGCAGGCUUUUGUCAACGUUUAGCAGCAACUAGACAAGUCAGUCCUAAUAAUCCUAGUCCGGACUGGCAAAAAUGUUAUUACCUAAUGCUACACAGCUUCCCAGGGUACAAGCUCAGUUUGGAUCCUAAUUAUGUUAUUCAACAUCAAGUUGGUUGGCCAGCCUUGCAGAUCCAAUUACUCCAAGAAUUAGUGGUAGCUUCCCGUCGUAUGGGCCACCCCGCACUUGCAACACGUCACAUGACGUUCUUACUGCAAACGAUGUGGCCACACCUGUCGAGACAAGAACAUAGAGAAUUAGCCAUACAGUUGCAGGCGCUGUCGGCGCAGUGCGAGGGCGGGCCGGUGCCGCUGGUGCUGGAGAGCGGCGCGGUGAUCCCGCCCGCCAACCUGCACCACGCGCCGGCGUGCGGCUCGUUCGCGCCGCGCCCGCUGCCCGCGCCGCGCGCGCCGCACGCGCGCCACACCAAGCCGCCCACCGGACCCUUCAUAUUCACGCCCCUGCACUUCGGCAGCCUGGAGAGGAACGCCAAAAAGGACGAAGGGAAGAUGGAAUAUCUUUGGGUAGAAGACGAUAUUUGCGAAGUGCAAAUGAAACUGACCAACCCACUCCCGUUCGAAUUAAAAGUAUCCAACAUGAGACUGCUGACUUCAGGCGUAGUAUUCGAAUCCAUCCCAGAGACAAUCAUUCUUCCUCCGGACUCUCCUACUACGGUAAAUCUUCACGGAACUCCCAAAGAAGGGGGAGAACUUCAAAUUCUUGGAUAUUCCACCCAUACUCUCGGUGUUAAAUCAAACUGUCGUCUAAAAAACAUGCCCACUCCGCACAAGUUUCCAGCUGCAUACAUUAUUGAAGUGAUUCCAAGUUUACCAACGAUUACUAUAGAAACGACAGUAGCGCCAUCGGGUAAUUUAAGUUUAUCGAGUAUGGAAAAUGUGGGCAGUACUACAAAUAUAUCGCUGUAUAACGGGGAAAGCACGAGCUGCUCCCUAAAGAUCACAAAUACUAGUAACGUGCCUAUUGAAUACCUGGAAUUAGCUAUUCAGUCAAAUAUGGAUAACCAAUUACAAUCAAAAGUCUUCCAAUUCUCAAACGACGACAUCCAGGCUCAACUUCCAAUACCACCAAACGAAAGUACAACAAUUGACAUCAAACUGUAUGGUGAAGCUGAUUUCUUAGACCUCGGAGGUGUGGGGGGAGAGAACCUGUUUCCCAAUAGUCUUACAUCGAAUUACCCUUCAAGAGUAGGCUCACCAAUACCAAACACACAAACUUCUUUGCCUACCCAGGGUUCUAACCCUCAAAAUUCCCUGAGCAGUGGAUUUAUGGCCAAUAGGACAUCUGGAAGCUUCAGGUCUACGAAUUCUCAUACAACGAGCUGGUCGGCACCUCUAUCAGUUCUGUCACCAUCUAGGGGCCGUCAAGUGGAAACUCAGUUAAUUAUAAGAUACUCAGGCGGCGAAGGCAAGGAGGUACACUGUCGACAAUCAACGCUGCAAAUUAAUCUGGAACUGCUGCCGAGUGUUUCUAUUACGCACUGGGAUGUUCUCCCGGCAGAAAUCCCAUCACAACUUUACCUGGUGCUCGACGUCACAAACUUGACGCCUGAGGAAAUGGACUUCCACUACGCUCCGAGCAAGCACAUACUGAUCGAGAGUAAAGAGUCGUGCAGAGUACCUGUGCCUUUAGACCGAUGCCCCUUUAAUUCAACACCCAGUAAACCAAUCGAUGAAGAUCUUGUAGAUUCCAAAUCAACGAACACGGGUGCAUCUACAAACAGCUUGGAGCUAAUGUGUUCUGAACACAUCACCAACAACAUCGACUUGCGCUGGCAUCUCAUGCAGUCCGACAUCUAUGGCCGCGCUUCCGUCAAGGGCAUCACGCUCUCACAAGCCAUGAUGGACAUCGUUAGAAUGUCGCCGCUCAACUGGGAAGUGAGCUUGAACAGCCAGUGUAUCAAGCCCCAAGAGGAGUACAACUGUUCGGCGGGCGAGUGCCUGUCACUUGGUGUCGCGGUGUGGAAUCACCUCACCAGGCCGCUGCACAAGCUCUGUCUCUCUGUGCAGUUUUACCAAGACUAUAAUAACGGAGUACACAGUUAUAAACUCGACAAUCGCGUCGCCACUGCUGGAAAUAAUAAAGUGGUGUUGACAUCUUUGCCGGAGUCUGCAAAGGCGUACCAUGAGUGUACCGUUGUCUUCUUAACUCCAGGAGAAUAUAAGAUUGACAUUCAGUGUUCUACCACUGAACCAAUACUAGACGAGAUUCCUAUUAUCAAAGACACUGACCCGCCAUCUAUAAUGCAACCUUGUGCAGGCGAAGUCAGCCAUGUUUGGAGGUUUAUACCGCCUGUAGCGAUAAGUGUCACAGAUUAA